AAGAAUUGCCGUCAACUCUAUUCGCUUAAUUUCAGCCCAACAUUCAACGCCGACGAAAAAGUAACUGCUUUUCUGGAUUCCUAUCAAUUUAGAUUUUGCUUUUACAUUUCAUCAGUUUAUUUACCAUUUUUUUGCUUGUUUUGUUUCUUUCUUAUUAACUUAUAUUUAAAUUUGAUUAUUAUGCCAACUGAUCAACCCAACUUAAUUUUUGAACUGUUCAUAUUGUUUGUAUUCAUUCUUGGAUUUAAAUUAACCUCUUGUUACAAACUAAUAGCCAAUUAUGAUAUUCAUCCGCAACGAGUCGCUCCAUCUGGAUUAUUAACACCAAAUCUGAUUAACUUGUGGGAUAAUGGACUUGUUUAUUAUCGGUUUAAUCCUAAAUUUGACGAUUGGAGCCAAUCUGAGGUUAGAUCGGCCAUGGAUUUAAUUGAGAGUGUCUCUUGUGUUAAAUUUAUUGCUGCUGACUCGUCGAUUAAAGAUUAUGUUUUGAUUUCACCCGAACGCGGUUGCUCCUCUGAGAUGGGUAAAGUUGGUGGUAAACAGGAUCUCUAUUUGGAUACUCCUUACUGUGUUGAUAGAGGAACUGUUCUCCACGAGUUACUUCAUACACUUGGAUUAAUGCAUGAACAUGCUCGACCUGAUCGAGAUAAUUAUAUCAACAUUAACUGGCCCAACAUUGAUGAGAAACAUCGUCGUAACUUCAAGUUAAUACCAAAUUUUCUAGAAGAUUUCUAUAUCAAUGAACCUUACGAUUACAAAUCAAUUAUGCAUUAUUCAAGUUCGAUGUGGUCAAUUGAUAAAAAAGUGCCUACAAUUACACCAAAAGAUCCUUCAAUUUCCAUCGAAGACCUUGGUUAUCAUCUUGAAAAUAAAUCAUUGUCACCUGAAGAUAUCAACAAGAUUCAAAGGCUGUAUAAGUGCAAGGGAAUCAAUACUUCAACGAUGAACCAUUUGAAAGCAUGAACUUGAUUCCAGUGGAAAUUAAACUUGAACAUAAUAUAAAUGACGAUCUCAUUUGGAUUUCAGGACAAUUUCAUUUUCACCAAAAGACAAUGACAAAGCCAAGCAUUAUAUCAAUAAUUUUAUUCACUCAACUAACUUAUUCAACUGUACUUUCAUGGGAAAGAAAAAAGCUUCAUUUUUAUUUAUCCUAUUAUUUUCAUCAUGUUCAAUCAAAUUGCCUAAAAUUUUUACAUAUUUAACUGAUCAUAACUACCAUAAUUGUAAGAGUAUUGGUCGUCUUAUGGUCUAACAGUAUUAUAUUUGAUAUAAUCAUUGUUGAAUCUCAUGUUGAGAUGUUUGCCAAGCAUUACUUAAAAUCUUAUUUAUUCAAUAAAAUAUUGACUACUAUUUGUAAUUACAA